AUGGCGGAGGAGGAGGUUAACUACGCUUCGGUUGCAUUCAAAAGUAAAAAUCAUCCUCCACCCCAAGCUAGAAAGGAGGAGGAAACUGUGGAUGAUGAAGUGAAGGUACAAAGCGAAACAAACGAACCAACCGCUGACACAAACGCAGGAGUUUUGCUCGACAAGAAAUCAAACAACAGACGUCUCCAGUAUCAGCGGCUGGCCUGUUGUUUGGGGAUCCUUUGUGUCAUUCUGCUGUUGGGCAUCAUAGCAGUCAUCGUUGUCUACCACCUUGCUACAUUAAGUCAUCAGAGUCAUGAAAGUGAGCUGAUGGCUGCCAAUCGUAACCUGACGAACCUCAACAACAAACUCAGCUUAGACAAUGUAAAGUUGAGGACGGACAGCAACAAUCUGACAGUCCAGUUGGGCAACCUGACAAACCUGAACAACAAACUCAGCUUAGACAAUGAAAAGGUGAAGAGGGACAACAACAAUCUGACAGUCCAGUUGGGCAACCUGACACAAAACUAUACUGUCUUAGAAAGCAAGAUCACUAACCUGACUACAGAUGUCCAGAACCUGAAUGCAGAUGUCCAGAACCUGAGAACACGAAACCAGCAGCUGGAGACACAGAAGAAGAACUUAACAGAACAAAUACAAAACAUGAAGACAAACUGGAAUGAGCUCAACGUCAGCCGAGCUCAGUGGAGCAUUGAUGCCUACUGCCCCACCAAACCAAAUGACGUGAGACAGUGUAAAGCUUGUCAGAAUGGCUGGGAACUCACCGGGUCUAACUGCUAUGUGAUUCAUGACGAUGCUGAUUCUGCUGGUCAGAAAACCUGGGAAGAAGCUCGACAAGACUGCAGAGGAAAGAGUUCAGAUUUGGUUGUUGUACAUAGUCAAGAGGAACAGACUACACUCAAUACAUACAGCUGGCGUAGUUCAGAAACUGUUGGAUACUGGAUUGGCCUGAGAGCUGAAGGUGGGAGAUGGAAGUGGAUUGAUGGAAGUGAUCUGACUGUAAGCUACUGGACACCACAACCUCCUCCUCCUGCUACUGAUGGUCAGUGUGUAAUGUCUGUCCAGAACAAUAAAUGGAUAUCAGUGAAGUGUACUGAGAAACAAAGAAGGAUCUGCAAAAUGAAGGCUUUAUCUGUUUAAACACUGCAGUCAGACUGCAUAAUAAU